UUUCCCUUGCUUGCGAGAAAAAAGUCGCACUUUUUUUCCCUUGGGAAAAUAAGUUGCGCAUGCGCCCAAGUAUCUGUCAUAGCCAAACUUGUGUAUGCACGAUCGUGUUUUUAGCUGCUGUCAGUUGUUGUCAUUUGUCACGAACUUAACAUUCUCUUCAAUAAAAAAAAUACUAAACAGUGAUAAAUUUUUUUAAUUAUAAAUUCAAAUAUGAGCUCUUCCGAGAGUUUGGGUUCAAGUGAUGACGAUACAGCCAUGAAUGUCGAAAAAGAAGCUCGGUUAGUAGAAAACAAACUAAUUGCUAAUAAAUCAAGUGCAGUGUACAAUCUUUGCUAUCAAAAUUUUGUCAAGUGGAAAGAGGAUAAAAAAAUUAAAGAAAUAACAGAGAGCGUGUUGCUCGUCUAUUUCAAUGAAUUAACAAAAAGCUUGAAACCGUCUACGCUCUGGAGUCGAUGGUCGAUGUUAAAAACCCAACUUAAUCUCAAACAUUCAAUUAACAUUGACACUUUUCACAAACUUAAAACUUUGUUAAAAAAUAAUGGUAAAGGGUUUAAACCUAAGAAGUCUAAAGUUUUAUCGAUGAAUCAGAUUAAAACAUUUCUCAAUGACGCUACUGACGAGAUUUAUCUGGCUAUGAAGGUGAUACUAAUAUUCGGUUUUUGUGGGGCGUUGAGGUCUGGCGAAUAUUGCUCAAUCAAAACUUAUGAUGUAGAAGACACCGGAUCUCGAUUUAUCGUUAACAUCCAAGAUACAAAAAAUUAUUACCCGCGUUCAUUUGUUAUUCAAGAUGAAUACAGUGAUACAGUUCGUAAGUAUGUUGCUUUACGACCCGAAAACACGGAAUUAGACAGAUUCUUCAUACUCUACGAUAAAGGAAUAUGUAAACGUCAACCAAUAGGAAAAAAUACUAUAACUGAAGUACCUAAAAAAAUUGCUGAAUUUUUAAAAUUACCGGAUGCGUCGAGUUACACAGGCCACUGUUUCAGACGGACCUCAGCGACGUUACUCGCAAAUGCCGGUGCAAGUCUCACUACCCUCAAACAGCACGGUGGGUGGAGGUCGAGUACCGUUGUUGAGGGGUACAUUGAAAAUUCUCUGUGCAACAAAACAAAAAUAUUCAAUCAGAUUGUUAAUUCUAGUGAAAAUGUAUUAACAGUACGGCCAAAUAAUUCCUUGAACACAACGACAAAAGAUCAGAAUUACUCAAGACCUUCGACUUCAACUUCGAAUGUUUCACCUGUGGCUAAAUCGACAAUUAGUAGUAGCAACGCGAAUAAAGAAAAUUUACCAGCUGCAAUAACAAAUACUGUGAAUCAAAACGAAUCCACUGAAUCAUCAUUCGAUUUUCAAAAUGAACCAGUAACUGAAAAUGACAUCAUUUGGGACGAAGAAUUCGACAAUUUGGAGUUUGAUUAUCAAUUUUCGCCUAUUCCAGACGUCGAUCCCAAUUUAAAAUCUACGAACCAAGAAAAAUUACCAGCGAAAAGUAAAAGUUCGAAUAAUUCAACUGAUACAAAAUCAUUAGGAGAAGUUAACAUGAACAAUCCGAUAAUAAAAAUUAAUAACUGUAAAAUUAUGAACGUUACUAUUAAUUACUCAAAAUAAUAAAAAAUGUGAUCUUAACUACUAUUUUAUUGGAGUUAUUACUAGUUUGGAAAUUUUAAUUAACAUUGUUAUUUUACUCCUAAUUAAUGUUACUAUUAUUGUGUCUCAUUUUAUAUUCAUUGCUAUUAUUGCUACUGCGGUUAUUACUACUAAUAAUAUUAUUAAUAUUAUUAGUAUUAUUACUAUUAUUUUAAUUAUUACUUGCAAUAUUAUUUAAUU